AAAUACACACCAGCAAAGAUGGUAUGUGCAGCUAUACACAUUGCAGUCGUAGCAAUGCUCGUCUCCCUUACAGCAUUAGCAAUAGCUGACGAAUCCGACAAUAACCAACGGGAAGCUCUGCUCUGCAUCAAAUCACACCUCUCAAGCCCAGAGGGAGGCGCCCUCACCACAUGGAACAAUACCUCGCUCGACAUGUGCACCUGGCGCGGCGUGACAUGCUCCAGCGAGCUCCCAAAGCCUCGUUUGGUCGUGGCCUUGGACAUGGAGGCACAGGGCCUCAGCGGAGAAAUCCCACCCUGCAUCUCCAACCUCUCGUCCCUCACGAGAAUCCACCUCCCCAACAAUGGCCUCUCCGGUGGCCUCGCAUCCGCAGCCGAUGUUGCCGGGCUCCGAUACCUCAACCUCAGCUUCAACGCGAUCGGCGGUGCGAUCCCAAAACGCCUUGGUACGCUUCGCAACCUUUCGUCCCUGGACUUAACAAACAACAACAUUCAUGGCGAGAUCCCGCCGUUGCUUGGGAGCUCAUCUGCCUUGGAAUCCGUCGGUCUCGCCGACAACUACCUGACCGGAGGAAUCCCAUUGUUCUUGGCUAAUGCGUCCUCGCUCCGCUAUCUUUCCUUGAAGAACAAUAGCCUCUAUGGGAGCAUCCCUGCAGCACUUUUCAACAGCUCAACCAUCAGGGAAAUAUACCUUGGAGAAAACAAUCUUUCUGGUGCAAUUCCACCCGUAACAAUAUUCCCUUCCCAGAUCACCAACCUUGAUCUUACAACGAAUAGCCUGACAGGAGGCAUACCACCAUCUCUAGGGAAUCUCUCAUCGCUUACAGCACUCUUAGCUGCAGAAAACCAGUUGCAGGGAAGUAUACCGGAUUUUAGUAAACUAUCGGCGCUACGGUAUCUUGACCUCUCUUACAACAAUCUUUCUGGAACUGUAAAUCCCUCCGUUUACAACAUGUCGUCAAUCACAUUUCUCGGUUUGGCCAACAACAAUCUUGAGGGGAUAAUGCCUCCUGGUAUAGGAAACACUCUUCCUAACAUCCAAGUUCUGAUUAUGUCUGACAAUCAUUUUCAUGGAGAAAUCCCUAAAUCUCUAGCAAAUGCUUCCAACAUGCAGUUCCUGUAUCUGGCCAACAACUCUUUGAGAGGGGUGAUUCCUUCUUUCGGCUUGAUGACAGAUUUGCGGGUCGUCAUGCUGUACUCAAACCAGUUAGAAGCUGGAGACUGGGCAUUCCUGUCAUCCUUGAAGAAUUGCUCCAAUUUGCAGAAACUGCACUUUGGCGAAAACAACCUACGCGGGGACAUGCCCAGCUCUGUAGCCGAAUUGCCGAAAACAUUAACUUCACUAGCUCUUCCGUCAAACUACAUAUCUGGCACCAUUCCUUUGGAGAUUGGAAACCUAUCUAGCAUAUCCCUACUUUAUCUUGGUAACAAUCUAUUGACAGGGAGCAUACCUCAUACUCUUGGCCAACUAAACAAUCUUGUUGUCCUUAGCCUUUCACAAAACAUAUUCUCUGGAGAAAUACCACAAUCCAUUGGUAACUUGAAUCGAUUGACUGAACUCUAUUUAGCAGAAAAUCAACUGACUGGAAGAAUACCUGCAACUUUAUCGAGGUGCCAACAAUUGUUGGCAUUGAACCUUUCAUGUAAUGCCCUUACUGGAAGCAUAAGCGGAGACAUGUUUAUCAAGCUAAAUCAAUUGAGCUGGCUACUCGAUUUAUCACACAACCAAUUCAUAAACUCCAUACCACUAGAACUUGGUAGCUUGAUAAAUCUUGCUUCUUUGAACAUUUCCCACAACAAACUCACAGGCAGGAUCCCAUCUACACUUGGUUCUUGCGUCCGGUUGGAAUCGCUUCGUGUAGGAGGCAACUUCCUAGAGGGAAGUAUUCCACAAUCAUUAGCAAAUCUCAGGGGCACCAAAGUGCUGGAUUUCUCCCAGAACAAUUUAUCUGGUGCAAUACCGGAUUUCUUUGGGACUUUCACCUCAUUACAAUAUCUAAAUAUGUCAUACAACAACUUUGAGGGGCCAAUUCCAGUAGAUGGAAUCUUUGCGGACAGAAAUAAGGUGUUUGUCCAAGGAAAUCCACACCUUUGCACCAAUGUUCCAAUGGAUGAGUUGACUGUCUGCUCUGCUUCAGCAUCCAAAAGAAAGAAUAAGCUCAUUAUUCCAAUGUUGGCAGCUUUUUCAUCUAUAAUCUUACUUUCUUCAAUCCUCGGAUUAUAUUUCUUGAUCGUCAAUGUUUUCCUGAAAAGGAAGUGGAAAUCCAAUGAGCACAUGGAUCACACCUACAUGGAACUGAAAACGUUAACAUAUAGUGAUGUAAGCAAAGCAACAAAUAAUUUUUCAGCAGCCAACAUAGUUGGCUCUGGGCAUUUUGGGACAGUCUAUAGAGGUAUACUGCAUACAGAAGACACUAUGGUCGCUGUUAAGGUGUUCAAGCUCGAUCAAUGUGGUGCAUUGGACAGCUUUAUGGCAGAGUGCAAAGCACUGAAGAACAUCCGUCACCGAAAUCUUGUCAAGGUUAUAACUGCAUGCUCAACUUAUGAUCCGAUGGGCAGUGAGUUCAAGGCUCUAGUAUUUGAAUAUAUGGCUAAUGGUAGCCUUGAGAGCCGGCUUCACACAAAGUUUGAUCGAUGUGGUGAUUUGAGUUUGGGAGAAAGGAUUAGCAUAGCAUUUGAUAUUGCUUCUGCUCUAGAGUACCUUCACAACCAAUGCAUUCCACCUGUUGUUCACUGCGAUUUGAAGCCAAGCAAUGUACUUUUCAACAAUGAUGAUGUUGCAUGCGUCUGCGACUUUGGUCUGGCAAGGUCAAUUCGUGUUUAUUCAUCUGGAACUCAAAGCAUAUCAACAAGUAUGGCUGGGCCAAGGGGGUCUAUUGGGUACAUUGCUCCUGAGUAUGGCAUGGGCAGUCAAAUCUCAACUGAGGGUGAUGUCUAUAGUUAUGGCAUUAUUCUUCUGGAAAUGCUAACAGGAAGACACCCUACCAAUGAAAUAUUUACUGAUGGCUUGACACUCCGCAUGUAUGUCAAUGCAUCACUUUCACAAAUCAAAGACAUACUUGACCCCAGGCUUAUUCCAGAAAUGACAGAGCAACCUUCUAAUCAUACCCUGCAAUUGCAUGAACACAAGAAGACAGGUAUAAUGGACAUCUGUGCUCUACAACUCCUUAAACUCGGUCUGCAAUGCUCUGAAGAGUCGCCAAAAGAUCGGCCAUUUAUACAUGAUAUAUAUAGUGAAGUAACGUCAAUAAAAGAAGCAUUUUUUGCAACGAGCAUUUGACACAAUAAAAGAGGAACACCAAAGAAUGAAGCACUGCCAAAUUUAUCUUCCAAAGUUUCUUUACUACUGCAGUAAGCUACAUAUGUUUUUACCGCUACAACAGGAUACAUUUGCACACUGUUAUUUACCGAUGCA